AUGGCUAGCCAAGAAAAUACUAUAACGAAUUUUUUAGAGAAAAUUUCCAAAAAACUUACUGUUGAAGUUUUAUAUCAUGUAUUACAAAAAUUAUCAACUGAAGAAAAUGUAACAUUUGAUGGAAUAACUCAACAUGAUGAAAAAAUUUAUAGUGAUUCGUUUUCAACAUGUAUUUAUCAUUUCAAGAUAAAUGGCAUCGUUGUCGAGGAGACGGGAAACAAGCGAUCUAUCAGUUUUCCAGUUGUUGUUAAAGGGCUCCCAUCUGAUCCAACCAGGCGCAAAAUAUUUCGAUCUACUGAUUUUUUCGAAAAUGAAAUUAAUUUCUAUACAAAGGUUUGGCCAAAGUUAUUACAUUUUCAAAAAAGUAAAGAUGCGGUUGUGUUUGAUAAAAUUCCAAGAUGUCUGCUGGCUUCACUAUGUGAUGGAAAAAAUGAUUUUAUUAUUCUAGAAGAUGUUACACCAUUCGAUUAUAAAUUGUUGGAACGUAAUUAUUGCUUAGAUAUUGAUCAUUGUAUGUUGAUCAUAAAACUAUUUGCAGAUUUUCAUUCAGUCUCAUUUGCAUUUAAAAAUCAACAUCCGAAAGAAUACAAUGAUAUGGUGGCAAAUUUAAAGGAAAAUUAUUUUUCUGAUCGUUUAAGGCCUUGGUAUCGAAAAUUUUUAAAGAAAGUAUGGGCAGUUUGGACUCACGCGCUAGAAAAAGAAAUGCCUAAUACAAUUUAUGAAAGGAAAUUUGAAAUAUUGAUGAAAAAUGAUUUUUAUGGACAAAUUAUACGAUUAGUGAAAAUUAAGGGAAAAUAUUCUGUCGUGUGUCAAGGUGAAGCAUUAUUAUCGAAAUUUUUGUUUAAAUAUAAUGAAAAUAUUCCUGAAUCGGCGUAUUUAAUGGAUUUUCAACAUGCAAGAAAUAGUUCAUUAAUUAUUGAUCUUGCUGUGUUCCUUUUUGUCUGUGUUGGAUAUUCAGUUCGUACUGUACACUGGGACGAAUUACUUACUGAAUAUCAUAAAACAUUUACUACGAAUCUACAAAAAUUUGGUACAGAUCCAAGUAUAUUUUCAUAUCGAGAUUUUUUAAAUGAAUUCUUAAAAUAUGGUAAAUUUGGUUUGGGUAAAGGUAUUGAAGCAAUACCAUUGUCAUUAAUGAACGAUUACACGGAUGAAAAUAAUCCGGAUGCAAUAGAAGAGGGAGAACACGAAGAUAUUUCAUCCAUAUGGAAAGUGAAAAUUUUUGAAUCACAAGCACAUACAUUACGAUUAGCCGAUACGGUUAAAGAUAUGGUCGAUCGAGGAUUUUUGGAACAACAUAUUUUUAGCGAAUAAGAUUGUUGAUAUUUAUUACGAAUAAUACUUACAAGACUGAUUUUCUACCUCUUUAUAAUAUAGUUACCUGAAUUAAUUAAAUAAUGUAACAAUUAACUCUCCGAGAACUCACCAUUUUUUUUCGAUUCAGAAGAACAGUGUGGAUUCAUUUAACCCUAUCCAACCUCGAUUGUCAACCAUUUUAGAUCGAUUUUGUUGAAUGAACUGGUGCAAAUGAAAAGUGCGAUUGUAAUUUGUUAUCUGCAUAAAAAAUUAAGAAAUUCACAUAAUUGUUCUUCGGGGAUUGACUACUCAGACAUUCAGAAACAGUAUUUAUUGUACAGAAAUUAAUGAAA